AUUGGGAGCACAGGACUCCACUGCGACUUUCAACAGGUAUCAGCGGACCUGUUAGGAAAUAGGCCUCCAUCAUGAGAUUACCGUUACUUCUAGUACUUGUGGUCUUCAGCGUCGGAGUGUCGUGUGGCUACAAUGGCAGGCGGCAGCCCAAAAAUGGCCAAAAAGGCCAAGAUCAUGGAAGCACUUGCGACUGUGGUUGUAAUGCAGGAGGCACCACUGGCGGCAAGGGUACUGGUGUGACCAACGGCGGAACCAACGGUAGAAGCGGCGGGGGGAACACCGGUUCAGGAAGUAACUACGGUAAUGGUGGCGACUCUGGAAACGGUGGAUACCCUGGGGGAAGCAACAACGGAGGAAGACCCGGUUCCAACAAUGGUGGAUACCCAUCUGGAGGAAGAAGACCCGGUACCAACAAUGGGGGAAGACCCGGUAGCAACACCGGAGGAAGCCCCGGUAGCAACAAUGGAGGAAGACCCGGUACCAACAAUGGAGGAAGACCCGGUACCAACAAUGGAGGAAGACCCGGUACCAACACUGGUGGAUACCCAAGUGGAGGAAGAAGCCCCGGUAGCAACAAUGGAGGAAGACCCGGUACCAACAAUGGAGGAAGACCCGGUACCAAAAAUGGAGGAAGACCCGGUACCAACACUGGUGGAUACCCAAGUGGAGGAAGAAGCCCCGGUAGCAACAAUGGAGGAAGCCCCGGUACCAACAAUGGAGGAAGACCCGGUACCAACAAUGGAGGAAGACCCGGUACCAACAAUGGAGGAAGACCCGGUACCAAUACUGGUGGAUACCCAAGUGGAGGAAGAAGACCCGGUACCAACACCGGAGGAAGCCCCGGUAGCAACAAUGGAGAAAGACCCGGUAGCAACAAUGGAGGAAGACCCGGUACCAACAAUGGAGGAAGACCCGGCACCAACAAUGGAGGAAGACCCGGUACCAACACUGGUGGAUACCCAAGUGGAGGAAGAAGCCCCGGUAGCAACAAUGGAGGAAGCCCCGGUACCAACAAUGGAGGAAGACCCGGUACCAACAAUGGAGGAAGACCCGGUACCAACAAUGGAGGAAGACCCGGUACCAACACUGGUGGAUACCCAAGUGGAGGAAGAAGACCCGGUACCAACACCGGAGGAAGCCCCGGUAGCAACAAUGGAGGAAGACCCGGUACCAACAAUGGAGGAAGACCCGGAACCAACACUGGAGGUAACAGAGGAGGAAGCGGGACCAAUAGCGGAAUUGACUUUGCAUUGUGCUCUCAGUUGGCUGACGAAGGUUCCUGUGACUUCUUCACUGACCCCUCUUGUUUCCAAGCAACCCUCAACACAUGCCGCGUGUCUCCUGUAUGGGUCAUGCAGAUCUGUCAAUUGUCUGUGGUAGUUGAUGGCUCUUUCAACAGUGUGGGCAAGGAGUACAUGGAACAAGUGAGAAAAUGUAUGACUAAAGGCACUUUGCCGGCUCUGGAGAACGUUGCCUCUGUGAAGGACUCCUGCGGGAACACGGUAAAAACGGUUGAAAACACUGUCUUUGGAAGUGACAGCUGCAUUGAUCAGGCUAACUUCUGUGAUGCAAUGUCGGACGCCGCAAACGCAAAGAAUAUCAUCUACAGUUUCAGUCUGGCUCACGACAGUGACUUCCAGGAACGCCUUCUGGAUGUAUUCAAUGGGCUCCUCAAUUCAUGCGGCGGUGACGCCAGGGCUGUUUUUGAAGCUGCAAUCAAUAGUGGAGGUGGAGAUGGUGGCAACGGUGGAAGCGGUGGCAACGGAGGGGGACGUGGUGGAACUGGAAGUGGAAGUGGACGAGGCGGGAGAGGUGGCAGUGGAAACACUGGAGGACGCGGUGGUAGCGGAAGUAGCAACGGUAGAGGUGGAAGUAGUGGGAAUGGUGGAACUGGGCAGGGCGGUAAUAGAGGAGGAAGUGGGGGUAGUACAGGGGGAACUGGAGGCUAUGGCGGAGGAAAUGGAGGACGUGGUGGAACUGGAACAGGAAAUGGGCGUGGUGGUGGCCGUGGAAGUGGAACAGGAACUGGAGGCUAUGGCGGAGGAAAUGGAGGACGCGGUGGAACUGGAACAGGAAAUGGUCGUGGUGGUGGCCGUGGAAGUGGAACAGGAACUGGAGGCUAUGGCGGAGGAAAUGGGCGUGGCGGUAGCGGUGGAAGCAAAGGAGGACGCGGUGGAAGCGGAACAGGAACUGGGCAGGGCGGUAAUAAAGGAGGAAGUGGGGGUAGUACUGGAGGAAACGGAGGCUAUGCCGGAGGAAAUGGGCGUGGCGGUGGAAGUGGAAGCAAUGGAGGACGCGGUGGUGGCGGAGACAAUGGAGGACGCGGUGGAAGCGGAACAGGAAAUGGGCAGGGCGGUAAUAGAGGAGGAACUGGGGGUAGUACUGGAGGAAACGGAGGCUAUGGCGGAGGAAAUGGGCGUGGCGGUAGCGGUGGAAGUGGAAGCAAUGGAGGACGCGAUGGAAGCGGAACAGGAACUGGGCGGGGCGGUAAUAAAGGAGGAACUGGGGGUAGUACUGGAGGAAACGGAGGCUAUGGCGGAGGAAAUGGGCGUGGCGGUAGCGGUGGAAGUGGAAGCAAUGGAGGACGCGAUGGAAGCGGAACAGGAACUGGGCAGGGCGGUAAUAAAGGAGGAACUAGGGGUAGUACUGGAGGAAACGGAGGCUAUGGCGGAGGAAAUGGGCGUGGCGGUAGCGGUGGAAGUGGAAGCAAUGGAGGACGCGAUGGAAGCGGAACAGGAACUGGGCAGGGCGGUAAUAGAGGAGGAAGCGGUGGAAGUACAGGAGGAAAUGGGGGCUAUGGCGGAGGAAAUGGACGUGGUGGUAGCGGUGGAAAUGGAAACAAUGGAGGACGUGGUGGAACUGGAACAGGAAAUGGUGGAACAGGAACUGGAGGCUAUGGCGGAGGAAAUGGAGGACGCGGUGGAACUGGAACAGGAAAUGGGCGUGGUGGUGGCCGUGGAAGUGGAACAGGAACUGGAGGCUAUGGCGGAGGAAAUGGAGGACGCGGUGGAACUGGAACAGGAAAUGGGCGUGGUGGUGGCCGUGGAAGUGGAACAGGAACUGGAGGCUAUGGCGGAGGAAAUGGAGGACGCGGUGGAACUGGAACAGGAAAUGGUCGUGGUGGUGGCCGUGGAAGUGGAACAGGAACUGGAGGCUAUGGCGGAGGAAAUGGAGGACGCGGUGGAACUGGAACAGGAACAGGAAAUGGUCGUGGUGGUGGCCGUGGAAGUGGAACAGGAACUGGAGGCUAUGGCGGAGGAAAUGGAGGACGCGGUGGAAAUGGACGUGGCGGCAGCGGUGGAAGUGGAACAGGAAAUGGUGGAACUGGGAGGGGUGGUAAUAGAGGAGGAAGUGGCGGUAGUACAGGAGGAAAUGGAGGCUAUGGCGGAAAAAAUGGAGGCCGCGGAGGAAGUGGAACUGGAAAUGGUGGUUCUGGAGGUGGACGUGGCGGUAGCGGCGGAGACAGAACUUGCUCUCAAAUGGUUGAGGAGGGAUCCUGUGACUUCUACACUGACCCCUUUUGCUUCCAAACAACCCUCAACACAUGUCGUGUUUCUCCUGUGUGGGUUAUGCAGAUUUGCCAGCAGUCCACUGUCAUCGGAAAUGCUUUUACUGGUGUAGCUGCUGACUAUAUGUUCCAAGUCAGGAAGUGCAUGACAGGAAGACUACUGCCAACUCUGGAGAACCCCGUCUGUAGCAACGUGGUAGACCUAGCUGAAGGCAGUCUCACCGACCCCGACGGCUGCAUCGGCCAAGAUGACUUCUGUACCGUAAUGUCUAAUGCUAAGGACGCAAGGAACCUCUAUCUUAUUUUCGGUCUUCCUCAUCCAAGUGACUUCCAGGCACGACUUUUGGAGGUAUUCAAUAACCUUAUCAGAAACUGCGAUAGUGCUGCUCAGGACAAUUAUGACAAUUUAGUCAACCCGGGCAGUGGGUCUGGAGGAAACAAUGGAGGAGGGCGUGGCAACGGAGGAAACAAUGGAGGAGGGCGUGGCAGCGGAGGAAACAAUGGAGGAAAUCGUGGCAGCGGAGGAAACAAUGGAGGAGGGCGCGGCAGCGGAGGGAACAAUGGAGGAGGGCGUGGCAACGGAGGAAACAAUGGAGGAAAUCGUGUCAACGGAGGAAACAAUGGAGGAGGCCGUGGCAGCGGAGGGGGGCAUGGCACCGGAGGACGCAAUGGAGGAGGGCGUGGCAACGGAGGAACCAGUGGAGGAGGGCGUGGCAGUGGUGGAUCCCGAACCACCACGAUGAUGAUGAUGAUGGGGGGAGCAGGAGGCGACUAGACAAUUCCCCGAAUCGUGAUAAAGACAUUUACCCUUUGAAUAUCAUUUACUCCCAUGACAUUACAUGAUGCUUGAUUGUUCUCCAGAUGCUCAAAAAUCACCAUUAAUGAUCCGGUGCUAUAUGAAAAAAAACUUUCAAAGAUCUCGUUAUUCUCAUGGUUGGAAGUUUGUAAACAAUUACCAUAACACUUAGAUACACUUUCAUUCAUUCUUUUUAAAACACACAUUCCAUGUUAUCUGUUGCACAGUGUAACUUGUGCUGAAGGAAAAUCACUGGUUAUAUUCAAUAACGAGUUCAAGUAUCAUUCUUGUCAUCUUAUGUGCCUGUAUAUAUAUAUAUAUAACAAAGCAAUAAACAUUUGACUAUGAAA